AUGGGCUUUUUGUCAUGGUUAACAAAGUAAGUUAUACAUAGUUUUAUUAAAUCUUAUUCUAAAAACUUUUUUACGCUUUUUAUAGUGUUAUAUUUUGAUUUUGGGAUUUUGGUAACGCAAUGUUAUGUUACUUUCAGAUCAGGUAUCAGGUUGGCAGCUGUAGCUGGAGCCGUUAAGAUCUCUAUUGAUCAGAACGUGUGGACUCUCGAGCCAGCCGUCGGUGAGACGGUUUAUGACAAUUUCACGAAAAAUAUUGUCAAUGGAACUGUAGUCUACAAAGAAAAGGUAAUGUUAGGCUUUUUUAUUAUACAUCUAAUUCAUAAGAUCAUGUAAUGUUCUUUAUAUUUAUAUGAAACACUCUUGGACCCUACUUACUUUUAACAGCCAUUGAAAUUUUAAAUUGCUAGUUAUGCUACUAUUUACAGCUUCCGUCGUGUGAGGAAGUGCAAUCGGAAGUAGGAUCCAAGUGGAACAAGAAUGUCAACUGUGCCUUUCAUUAUAUUAACAAUGCUCCAGAGUUGAUUCGAGUGAAGAGUGUUGAGUUCUACCGAUCACAAAUCGAACCCAGGCUUUAA